CCUAUAGUAGUUCCCUUUUAGAAGUUCCCUGUACUAAAUGUGAGGAACAUCAGCGUUUUUAACUGACAACUAGUGUGAGCUUCAAGCUUUCUCUGUGUGGUCAAAUGUUUUAUUUCUGUUUGGGGAGUUUCACAGGAAGUGUCUUGUUAUGCUUUGUGGACAUUGGUUGAUGUUAGAUUAGAGUACUGGACUCUACACCAAAGUUCUCAUGGAUACCUCCAUUUACUUCAAUUUUUUGGUAAAAGCUGUAAAAAAAAAAGAAACUUGCUCUUUCCUAUGAGCUAAAAAUAGUUUUUUAAAUGUGUAAGGGCUCCUACAUGCCCUGUUGAGCCAGUUAUUGCACCUGCUUCUUCCAACUUCCUUAAAUGAGCAAACUUUUCUGUAUGUUUUACCCGACUGGUUUAACAGCAAUCCAGCUUCAAGACGUCUUAUUUUGAAAGUGGAAAUUAAAGAUACAGUUCUAUAAACAUAAAUGUGCAAUAAGAUUAUCUUUGAAAUAAAAAAAAAAAAAAAUAAGUGUUUUGAUUUCAAACAGCAUUAGGGAAGUGUUUGUACUUAAGAUUGGCAUUAGGCAAAACAGGAUGUUAAAUGUGGGUCAAUAGUGUGGCGAAGGUGAAUCUGUUCCAUUUUAUUUUGCUUUUAGCUCCCUCUUGUGGAGAUAAACUGGAAAUUAUGAACAAUAAAUAUUUAAAUAAGUUAGGAUAGCUUUAAAUACAAUCUAAAUUAACCAUCUUUAUACAUUUAUUUAGUUUUAGAGAUUAUUUUUUUUCUGUUUUGUGUCAUUGUAAGUUUAGGUUGUUGUAAACCUGCAAAGUUGACGUCAUGUUUGGACAGAAAAAAAGAGUUGUUUAGCAACAAAUGAUGAAUAUUUGAUGAACUUUUUCCAGAAGAACAAGAUGACGGGAGCCUGGCAUUGGUGAACGAUGUGCAAAUUCUAUUAUUAGCCCUUCUGUGUUUCAGCAGCUGUCCCUCCAUCCUCCCACCCUCUCACGUUACCCCUCCCCCCCUCCUCCUCCUCUCAAACCCUACUGUGCCGACUGACCCCACCCCUCGAGGUCGCCCUCCCCCUGGCUGCUUGGGGUGUAUUUGGUCCCGGCAGACUCAGGUCUUACCCCUUUCUCAGGUCAGGCGGCGACCGCUCCCGUGGCUGAGCGAAGAUUGGAAGGUUAACCAGGCCCAGAGAGGAGUGCUGCAUGGUUCCGCUGCCCUAUGAGCAGUUGUGUGAUGAAAACAAUCCCCCAGUGUUCCAGCGCUCACCCUUAAAUUCCCCCCGUUCUUCAUCACUUCAACUAGCUCCUCUUGUCUCAUCAUUCCAUUCAUUUUCCUUCUCCACACCGUCCGGCUUAAAUCCAUGACUUCUGGCGUGCCGCCAUGGCAUACAAAUCGCGCUUUUCUUUCUGGGAGCAAAAGGUCAAAGUUGACAGCAAGCCAGAUUCUGAUAGUAAUCAGCCUCAAGCAGUCAGUAAACCUGUGGUAGACGCAGCAAGGAGUCCACAAUUGGCGGCAACAUCAGCUGAAGCGCCGAGCAGUCACGCUGCCAUGGGAGGUCCGGACACCCCGGGGGAGCAGGAGAGCAGCGGCAGUAAAAAGGUGGUUAGGGUUGUGAGGAGAGUCGUUAGGCGUGUGGUUCCUGCUGGGACGGAAGAGCAGAACCACUCCACCGUUUCCACGACCGCCGCCGCCGACACAAAACCUAGAGCCGCAGUGGAGGAAAAGGAUGAUAUAUCCAUGGGCCUGACCAGUUUAAUGGGCAGAAGCAGAACCAAGGAGCACCGCCCUCGAAUCCGCCCUCCAGACCGUAAAGAGGAUGCAAAAGAGGAGGUGAAGCAAGAGGAAGACACGACAAAGGUGGAGGAGCAGGAGGAAAAAACGGCUCCUGACAAACCAGAGGAUGCCAAACCGGCUGCCGCUCCAAAUCCUGCACCCACCAAGUCUAACCUCCUCACCCCUCCGGCAGGGUUUAUUCCUCCACCCAAAUCUGAUCCGCUGGCCCCACCUGCCGGUUUUAUUCCCGCACCCAAGCAGAAUCCAUUGACUCCUCCACCUGGUUUCAUUCCUGCCAAAAAACCAAGUCCGGUGCUUCUUAAGCAGAAUAUUUUGACAAGACCUCCAGGAUUCAUCCCCGUUCCAAAAUCCGAUCCGCUGGCUCCUCCUGCAGGAUUCAUCCCGAAGCCCCAUCCGCUAUUUGUGAAGAAACCAGAGGUAAAGGAGACCUCUAAAGCAUCCUCUGGUGCUCUGCCCCAGUCCUCCCAGAAUGAUCAGGACACUGUUCCUCCUCCUGCAAAGGCUCCAGAGCUGACUCCCUCUGAGGAAGACUACAAGCGCGUGAGGAAGAUCUUCGCUCUAGACGGCAAUAAUUCUAAGCCUGUUGAGGACCCUGUGGCCAUCCUUCAGGCAGCGCACUCAGCUGCAGCUCAGGGAAAGACUGAGGAGCAGCUAAAAGCGGAAAAAGCCUGGUACGGCACUGAGAAAGUAUGGCUCAUUCACAAGGAUGGAUUUUCUUUAGCAACUCUGCUGAAGACAGAGGCAGGCAGUCUGCCAGAGGGGAAGGUGAAAAUCCGCCUGGAGAGUGACGGGUCUUUAUUGGACGUGGAUGAAGAUGAUGUUGAAAAGGCAAACCCUCCAUCGUUUGACCGAGUAGAGGACUUGGCCUCGCUGCAGUAUCUGAACGAGUCCAGCGUGAUGCACUCCCUACGGCAGCGGUAUGGCAGUAACCUGGUGCACACAUAUGCAGGCACCAACAUGGUGGUCAUUAACCCUGUUGGAGCCCCCUCCAUGUAUUCUGAGAAGGUGAUGCAAAUGUUCAAGGGCUGCAAAAGGGAGGACACCGCCCCCCACAUUUACAGCAUUGCACAGGCUGCUUACAGGAACCUCCUAACCACUCGCCAGGACCAAUCCAUUGUCUUGCUUGGCAAGAGUGGCAGUGGAAAAACUACCAACUGUCAACAUCUCCUUCAGUAUCUAGUUACCGUUGCUGGAACCACCAACAAGACCUUCUCCGCAGAGAAAUGGCAGGCGGUCUAUUUGGUUUUGGAAGCUUUUGGGAAUGCCUCUACUUGUCUGAAUGGGAAUGCAAGUCGCUUCUCCCACGUUGCUUCGUUGGACUUUGACCAGGCGGGCUUGGUGACGUCUGCUUCUAUCCAGACUUUCCUUCUGGAAAAGAUGAGAGUGACUAGAAGACCGGAGGGGGAGUCCACUUUUAAUGUCUUUUACUACCUGAUGGCUGGUGUAGAUAGUUCUCUUAGAACCGAGCUGCACCUCAAUCACUUUGCUGACAACAGUGCUUUUGGGAUUGUGCCUCAAGCUAAGGCAGAGGAGAAGCAGCGGGCCUCCCAGCAGUUCUCCAAGCUGCAGGCAGCCAUGAAGGUCCUGGGGAUCAGUGCUGAUGAGCAGAGGGCCCUCUGGCUAGUUCUUGGGGCCAUCUACCAUCUUGGAGCUGCAGGAGCUACUAAGACUGGCAGGAAACAAUUUGCACGUCACGAGUGGGCCCAGAAGGCAGCCUACCUGCUGGGCUGCACCCUGGAGGAGCUUUCCUCCUCCAUCUUCAAGCACCAGGCCAAGGGCACCCUGCCCAGAUCCAGCACCAUCCGCCAGGCCGCGGACGAAAAUGGCUCAGCAGAUGCAGGAUCCAAAGCUACAGCCAUGGAGUGUUUGGAAGCCAUGGCAUGUGGACUCUACUCUGAACUCUUCACUCUUAUCAUAUCUUUGAUAAACCGGGCCUUGAAAUCUAGCCAACACUCCCUGUGCUCUCUGCUGAUUGUGGACACGCCGGGCUUUCAAAACCCCAGGCUGGCAAAGCGCGAGUGUGGCACAACCUUUGAAGACCUAUGCCACAACUACACCCAGGAACGCCUGCAGUCUCUUUUCAACCAGCGUACCUUUGUUCAGGAAUUGGAAAGGUACAAAGAGGAAAAUAUUGAGCUUUCCUUGGAUGAAACAGAGCCCAGCACCUCUCAUUCAGUUACAGUAGUAGACCAGACCUCAAGUCAAGCUCUGGUACGUACAGUUCGGACAGAUGAGGCGCGGGGUCUGCUAUGGCUCAUGGAGGAGGAGGCGCUGCAGCCUGGGGGUUCAGAGGACACACUGUUAGGACGACUUUUUAGCUACUACGGUCCAGCCGAGGGUGAGAGUAAAGGUCACACAGUUCUCCUGAGGAGCGAUAAGGAAAGCCACUUCCUGCUGGGCCACAGCCACGGGACUGACUGGGUGGAGUAUGAUGCCCGUGGGUGGCUGAACUAUGCUAAACAGAAUCCCGCCACUACAAAUGCUGUGAGCCUCCUGCAGGACUCCCAAAAGAAGAUCAUUAGCUCAUUGUUUAUGAGCCGGCCGGGUGGAGCAACAGUGUUGUCGGGCUCCAUCGCCGGUCUUGAAGGUGUUUCACAGCUGUCGCUGCGAAGGGCUACUAGCAUGAGGAAGACCUUUACUACAGGUGUAGCUGCUAUCAAAAAGAAGUCCCUGUGCAUCCAGAUAAAGCUUCAAGUGGAUGCUCUUCUUGACAUGGUGCGGAGGUCCAGGAUUCACUUUGUGCAUUGCAUAUUGCCUAAGGCAGAUUCUCUAAAGGCUCUUAGCGGAUCCCUGUUCAAAGCUGGGGAAUCCGAAACUCAACGAGAAACUGGCGACCCGGGCUUGAUGCAGCUGGAUGUAGCGUUGCUCCGCGCUCAGAUACGAGGAUCCAAGCUGCUUGACGCUCUGCGUAUCUACAGGCAAGGGUACCCUGAUCACAUGGUGUUCUCCGAGUUUCGGCGACGCUUUGAUGUGCUGGCCCCCCACCUCACCAAGAAGCACGGGAGGAAUUACAUUGUGAAGGAUGAGAAGAGAGCUGUGGAGGAGCUUCUGGAGUCCUUGGAUUUGGAGAAGAGCAGCUACCACAUGGGUCUGAGCAGGUUGUUCUUCAGAGCUGGCACCUUGGCUAAACUGGAGGAACAGAGGGAUGAGCAGACCAAGCGCAAUCUAACCCUGUUCCAAGCUGCCUGCAGAGGUUACCUCGCACGGCAAGCCUUCAAGAAGAGAAAGAUUCAGGAUCUAGCUAUCAGGUGCAUCCAGAAGAACAUCAAGAAGAAUCGCGGCGUGAAGGACUGGCCAUGGUGGAAGCUCUUCACAACAGUACAGCCCCUCAUAAAGGUCCAGCUCACAGAGGAGCAGAUGCACUGCAAAGACGAGGAGAUAAAGCAGCAGAAAUUGAAGUUGGAGAGAGUGGAGAAGGAGCGAAAUGAGCUGAGGCUGAACACGGAUCGAUUGGAGAGCAGGAUUACAGAGUUGCUCACCGAGCUUGCUGAUGAGAGGAGCACCAGUGAGUCAGCUUCCCAGUUGCUGGAGACGGAAACUGCGGAGAGACUCCGCCUUGAGAGGGACAUGAAAGAAUUACAGGCUAAAUUUGAUGCAAUGAAGAAACAGUUGGACGCUCAGGAAAUGGAGCUAAUGGAAACGAGGCUAAUGAAAACAUCCGAGCUCAACGGAGAGAUGGAUGAAGAUGAAGAUUCGGGAGGCGAGUGGAGGAUAAAGUACACCCGAGCCAUUCGGGAAAUGGACUUCGCCAAAAAAAAACUCCAGCAGGAGUUUGAUGACAAGCUGGAAACAGAGCAGCAGAGCAAAAGACAACUUGAGAGAAAGCUGGCUGAUUUGCAGACAGAUAAUGAAGAUAUGCAGCACUCCGUGCAGCAGCUGAAGAAGAAGAGCCAGAAGCUGUCUGCCGAGCUGCAAGACACCAAGCUUCAUUUGGAGGGCCUGCAGAGCCGCAACCACGAUCUGGAGAAGAAACAGAGGAAGUUUGAUCUGGAGCAGAACCAGGCUCAGGAUGAGGUGCAAAGAGAGAAGACCCAACGGGAGAAACUGGCCCGAGAGAAGGACGCCAUGACCGGCGAGAUAUUUAACCUCCGCCAGCAGCUGCAGGACAAGGACACAGAGCUGUGCGCGGCGAAUGUCAAGCUGCAGCAGCUGGACGCAGAGAUGCAGGAUAUGUCCUCUCAGGAGUCCAAGGAUGAGGCCUCGCUGGUCAAGGUGAAGAAGCAACUUCGCGACCUCGAGGCGAAGAUCAAAGACCAAGAAGAGGAACUGGACGAACAGGCCGGCACCAUCCAAAUGCUGGAGCAGGCUAAGCUGCGGCUUGAGAUGGAGAUGGAGAGGCAGCGGCAGACCCACUCCAAAGAGAUUGAGAGCAAGGAUGAGGAGGUGGAGGAAAUCAGGCGGUCCUGCGGUAAGAAGCUCAAACAGAUGGAAGUACAGCUGGAGGAGGAGUACGAAGACAAGCAGAAAGUCCUGCGUGAGAAGAGGGAGAUGGAGUCCAAACUGCUGAUUUCUCAGGACCAGGUGAGCCAGAGGGAUGUGGAGACGGAGAAGAGGCUGAGGAAAGACUUGAAGAGAACCAAAGUCCUCCUCGCUGACGCUCAGAUUAUGUUGGACCACCUGAAGAGCAACGCCCCCAGUAAGAGGGAGAUCGCUCAGCUGAAAAAUCAACUGGAGGAGUCCGAGUUCACUUGUGCAUCGGCGGUGAAAGCUCGAAAGAGCAUGGAGGUUGAAAUAGAGGACUUGCACAUCCAAAUGGAAGAUGUCAUCAAAACAAAGAUGGCGUUGGAGGAACAAGUCAGCCGUCUGCAGAGAGAGAAGAAUGACCUGCAGUCUCGCAUGGAAGAGGAUCAAGAAGAUAUGAAUGAGCUGAUGAAAAAACACAAAGCUGCAGUUGCACAGUCUGCCAGGGACUUGAGCCAGAUCAGUGACUUACAGGCCCAGCUGGAAGAAUCCACAAAGGAGAAGCAGGAGAUCCAAGAAAAGCUGCAUUCACUGCAGGGCCAGUUAGAGUUCCAGGAGCAAUCUAUGGUUGAGAAGUCGCUGGUGAGCCGUCAGGAGGCCAAGAUCCGUGAACUGGAGACCAAGCUGGAGUAUGAGAAGACGCAGAUCAAACGCUUGGAGAGUCUUGUGGGUCGCCUGAAGGAGAAUCUCGAAAAGAUGACGGAGGAGAGAAACCAGCACAUUGCUGCAGAAAACAGGGAGAAGGACCUGAAUAAACGCAUGCAGAGGCAGAUAAGAGACGUAAAAGAAGAAAUGGGCGAGCUGUCCAAGAAGGAGGCCGAGGCGAGCCGCAAGAAGCACGAGCUGGAAAUGGACAUCGAGAGCUUAGAGGCAGCAAAUCAGAGCUUACAAGUGGACCUUAAGCUGGCCUUCAAGAGGAUAGGGGACCUGCAGGCUGCCAUCGAGGAUGAGAUGGAGAGUGAAGACAAUGAGGACUUAAUCAACAGUUUGCAGGACAUGGUGACAAAAUAUCAGAAAAGAAAGAACAAAACUGGGGAUGAGACAGAUACAGAUUCGGAAGUGGAGGACCGCGUGGAUGGAGUUAAAUCUUGGCUCUCGAAGAACAAAGGCUCCCACAAAACCCUGUCAGACGAGGGAAGUCUGAAGAGCACCAGAUAUGCGGCAAAUGCAGAUGCCAAGGAGGUGAAAGAAGGUAAGGAGAAGAUGACUGACGGGAGUAAAGAUGAAAAGGAGGUAGAACAGAACAGAUCAGUGUCUGUCAUGAGCUCCCUGAGCUACAGGAAGCGCUCCAACCUCAAGGACUCCAUUGGGGGUACGGGAGACGAAAGUUCCCUGUUCAGCACGCUUAAAGAGCAGCCUGACACACCAGACCUCUCCAUCCUUCGUAAAGCCAAGUCAAAGUCCGGAGAGCUCCAGGAUAACAGGAGAAAGAACCAAGCAGAGGAAGAUAUAGAUGACAAAGGCUCUGUGAUCUCCUUGGCCUAUUCUGAAGCUGCCAGCAGAGCCAGGAAGGGGUUUGAGUCCCGCUGGACAUCCCGCAGCAGCCCUGAAUUUGAUAAGGAGUCUAUGGUGUCCUCUGUGGCUCCGAGCAGAAUCUCUACCAGGAGAGCCAUGUUGGACAUGGACGAUGACAAUAAGUCGACUAUUAGCAGCGUGAGCCGCACUAGCCCCCAUUCACUUCACCGCAGCACCUCCUGGAAAGAUGAAAGAAGAAGCAACUCUCGCUUAUCGGUCGCCCGUAGCUGUGGCCUCAGUGAAUUCGGCCUACACGUUGGUGAUGAUGAUGACGACCGUCAGAGUUUGGCUUUUGGAGAAGGUGGAACGUCUCCUUACAGUCCUCGCUCCCACAGUCGCAGUCUAUCCACUCCAGCUCAGCCGCGAUCCUCAGACAACAAUCAGCCUGACACAUCCGACAUCAAACCAGUUACACAUCGGAACUACUUAGACCCCGACUUGGAGGCUGCCAUCAAUGAGGUUUUGAGCUUCAAACCCAUAAAGUUCAAGCGUAGCAAGCUAAAUGAAUCUAGUGGUGAGGAGGAGGGUAAGAAGGUUCAAGGAAGCGAGGAUAGUAGGCGCAAGGGAGAAGAUGAGGGUCUGGCCCGGAGCACAUCAAGUCUGCUGCGCCCGAGGUCAAGCUCGGUUCAAGAUCGCGGCAAACGAGGGUCCAGCUCCUCCCGCAGUCGUAAAGAUAAGAAAAGAGUCUCGUUGUCGGACUCCUCUUCCUCAGAUGAUAAUCAAGGCAGGAAGAGCAAACGAGGGAAGAAGGACAAGAAGUCCAGGAGGAAAUCAAAGAAGAAGCAGAGCGAAUCAGAGGAUUCCUCCUCCUCCUCGUCUUCGUCCUCGGAGUCCUCAGAGACUUCCUCCUCAGACUCGACCCUCUCCUAUCGAAGUUCAAGUAGUGUCAAAAGGGUCACAAAACCUGCAAAGGAGGACGAUGGGAAGGAGCUUGACGAUCAUCCUAACAAGAAAGAAACCAAGAAGAAGCAGAAGAAAGUGGAUAGCCUGAUGAUGAAGUAUCUCUACAAGCCCGAUAGCGACUGAUACCAACAGAAGAAGCCCCCCUGUACACCGGAGACACCCGAGCCUUGGCAGAUCCGAUGAAGAGGAUGACGUGGACAGAGAGUCGAGCAAGCAGUCUGACAGGGAGCUACAGUGAAGCCUUAUUGACCGAGAGCGUGUCGUAACCCAAACUCUCGGGAGGGAAACUCUCCUCACCCUCUAACUAUAUUACCACUGCUGGGCCGGCGAGAACAGAAGAGACGGCACGCGGACAUUUCAUCCGGAUCGUUAUAAACUGUGCCGCUUCAGUUCUUGCUGGCAGAAGACAUCGAGUCACUCAUACAUACCAUCAAAGUUGAGGACUAUCAGAGGAACUUUCAUCCACUGCUUUAUUUAUAAGAGCUUCUUUUCAGACAAAUUUAAGCACUCGUCUGCACUCUUCCUCUUUACACUUAGCUUUGCCAAGAGGAUUUAGAUAAGCCUCCUCUGGCUGGAUUUCUUCAAGAAGGUCUGACCAACUGUUAAGGUUAUCCUUAUCCUCCCCCUUUUUUAUGUGAACUAGCACUGAGGGAGGAAUUAACCCAUUUUCAAUUAAUUAUCUUGCUGUAGGUUUACCCGCUUGUUCCACGUUGAGAUAUCUGGGCUUUCAACAAAGCGAUUGAUUGAUAACUGAAAAUAAUCCCUAUCAGCAGAACGGUGACCACUUCCACUGCUGUGGUAGUAAGUUUGGAGUUUUAAAGGUAUUUAUGGAUUUUCUCUAUAUAUUUGGAAUCUGAUGGUUUGCAUAAUAUUCAAGUAAAAGAUUUUCUAAAGCUACUUAAAAAACUAUAUUUAGGAAAAAGUCCUACUUCUGGUUUAUCCUUAUUAAGUGGAGUUCACGCUAGAAUGCCUCUGGUUUGUUUCAAAAUGAAUAAUUCUUGAAGUUCAAAGGGAAUUCAUUUAUUUGGUGUUCUACAGGAGUUUCUCACAUGGCUUGUUAGACCUUUCAGAUACAAAAAAUGAAUAGAAUAUUUCUUAAGGUGCAUAAGGUGGGGAUUUCUUCUGUUCGUGAUAAAUGACUGCUCCUUUUAGUGUUGUUUUUUUGCAGAACAGCUCUGAAUCUUUGCAUUUGUUUGCAGUAUUCUUUGUGUUACUGGUCUCUGCUGCAAACUACUGCAGUGUGUCUCAGUGUGUUACUUUAACAAGGUGCCAAAUAUUGUUGUGGAAAUCAUGCAACUCCACUCUUAUGUGUGUGUUUAUUAAAGUGGGAAUAUUUGCAUUUGAUCAGAGUUUUGAUUUCAGUUGUCAAUAAAAUUAAAUAAUAUGCACAUUUAUUAUUUUGUUUAUGAAUAACUGCAUUUAAAUUCUUCACAGGUGAAGUAAAAACAACGUCACCCAAGUAUAAAGCACUAAAUCCGAGCUUUAACAGUUUGUGUUAAACCAAUAAUAGGAUCUUAUCUUUUUGUGCUUCUAUACCAAAAAAGAUGGCGUCAUGUGAACUUGAUUUUCUGGUUAGAUUAGCACAUAGUCAUUUUUGGAAAAGCCUUAAGGAAUAUGCACAUUUUUUUUUUAGUAUUUUAGGACUUCAAUGGCCUGUAUUUAUUGCUCAUUAUAUCUUCUGAUGGUUUCUGCUUUCCACCCCCUGACAGAGUUGCAAAAAAGAAACUUGUUCAGGAACUUCUGUGUCUUGCGUAACUUUUUCAGUGUUUGCAUAAGAAUCAGACGAAAAAAUAAACUGUCUUCUUUUUUUUUUUUUGCUAAUAAAAAUAUCUAAUAUUAUGCUUGAAAGAA